AAAGUUCCUUCUUACCUCCCCCCCACAAUGCUACCGCGAGGAGAGCGUUGUCCGAUCGAACUUUUGCGGUUGGACAUAACGAAGUGAAGCCGGUUUGAGAAGAGCCUGAAGCCUGGAAGGAGGGGAAGGGAAACAUGUAUAAAAAGGCUCAUGAAAAAGGAUUCUGAGCGUUUUCCUCUUAUCGCGUUUUAGACAUGACACCUUUCAUCGUUGCUCUUGUUUGCGCAAUUACCUUCGUAUCGCGGACAGCGGGGCAGAACUGUGGUGUAACUCGCUAUGGUAAUGCAUCAGAAAGAAUUGUCGGAGGCCGAUUAGCAUCUAGAGGCGAAUUUCCAUGGCAGCUGUCUUUGGAACUCAACCACCCCCAGAAGGGCACCAUUCCUCAUUUUUGCGGUGGGGUGCUCAUCGAUAAACAGUGGAUUUUAACUGCCGCGCAUUGCGUUGUAAAUCCCAUGUUUGUAUUGCCUCAUCCUACAUAUUGGAAGGCUCGAGUUGGAGAACACAACCUGAAAGAAUGGGAAGACAGUGAAAAAAAAAUUGCCAUAAGUCAAAUUUUUUAUUACCCUUGGUAUCAUGGUUAUGACAAUGACAUUGCCUUGAUGAAAUUGGCCGAACCUGUACCGGAAAAUUCUCACAUAAAACCUAUUUGUCUGCCAAAGGAAACUGACACUUUUCUUGGACAACAAUUCAAUUGCCUUGCGUCAGGUUGGGGCAAGGUCGACUUUUCAUCUAAAGCUUCCGACGAUCUUCGUGCUGUUGGCCUUCAGAUUUUUGACAAUAGUAAAUGCAUUGAAUACACCAACAAAUUUAGAAUUCCAAUCCAACCUUGGCAUUUGUGCGCCGGCACUCUUGAAGGAGGUAAAGGAACGUGUCAGAUAAAGAAUCUAAAGUCGCAACCAGUGGUAGGGAAGCCGGAUCAUCAAUUAGAAAGGCCAGACCAAAAAAUAAAUAAAUCUAAUGAUCAAGAGCAAAAGCUGAAUCAUCAAAGACAGCAGUCGAAAUCUGAAGCAGAGAAGUCGAAAGCCCACCUAGAAGCAUCGGACAUUCAAGUAGAAGAGCUUGGUUACCAAGCAGAAAAUUCGGAUUUACGCGUAGAAGAAAUAUCCGAUUCCCAGGGGCAGAAACUGGAAUCUCAAAUUAAAAAGUCGGAUUUCCAAAUAGAGAAGUCAGAUUCUCAGGUAGAAAUAUCGAAUCACCAAACGGAAGAGUGGACUGGAAAAACAAUUUUUCAGCAUUUUGGUUUCGAUACGUAUUUUCAGCACUUUAGUUUCAACACAUUUUUUCAGCAUUUUAUUUUCAUGUCUCUCACUCCAACAGAUUUUCAAGUAGAUAAACCGUACCUUCAAUUUGAAAAGAGAAUUGAAGGCAGAAAUAUAGAGCAAUUUAUUUUCAUGUCCUUAAUUCCAACACUUUUAAAAAUUUAUGGCUCUCUUGUUAUCUUUUGUGGGAUUAUCUCUUAUUUUCGUUAUCUCACUGUGUCAUCAUGUGCGGCUAUAUAUGUUACCAUUUAUGAUAUUGUCUUUGUGGUAUCAACUAUUGGAUUUUACAAAUUCGUCAUUUAUUUUGUCUCCAUCUAUCCAUCUACAGCAUUUCUUAUUGUUCUUUUGAGUAUUCUUUACUAUCAUCUUUGGUACACUGUACUGCCACCUUUAGUACUUCCUAUCUGAUAUUCUUGAGGAACCGAGUCUUUGUAGAACAUAAGGCAAUCAUAUCGUAUGCAUAGUUUUUUAAUCCUUCAUGUCCCUUGUUUAUAUAACCCAUUUCCUUUUGUACUAUAUGAAUAUUUAAUUAUUUCAUAGAAUUCACUUUUUGCAAGAGAAAAAGAUUUAUUAAUUGUGUUCAGAACGUCUCUUCUUAGCUUUUAUAACUUGUGACGAUAAUGUGGAGCUUAUCUACUGAACUGUAGGAAGAACUGAGAGACUCCAUAUGUCUUCUACAUAUAGAAGUGUACAGAGGAUGUCUUAAAAACUAGGAAUUAUAUAUUAUUGAGAUCUUAAAUAUUUGAUAUUGUAUAUUUCUGUAUUAAAGCUUAUGUACAUUUAUGUAUGAAAACUAAUUAAAAAGUAGAAAAUAAAGGAAUUUAUAAAAAAAGCAA